AUGUAUGCCGAAAGGGUUUUGAGCCACUUUCUAUUUCAGCCGCUUGUUCCUGUUCCUGAAAACAAUCAUGAACAACGUCCGCCAGCGGAACCCCUGUCAACGAGCCAAGCCAUGGAAAAAAUCAUCCAGCCUGCGCUUCAGCACAUAACAGACUUUGACCUGUUUGAUGUUGGGUACGUUUUCUCCUUUUGUUCCUGGUGCCAAAUAAUGAUUCGACCUGGUCCACCCGGGAUGGAGAACGACCGUGAGUUCCACAUGGCACAAUAUGACGAGUAUCUCGGUACCGCGUUAAGUGUACAUUUUAAGAAAGCUGCUCGUGAUCAAAACGACCACUUUUCCAGAAAGCUCGGAGCCAAACACAAGAACGAGGAGGUGGAGGAGAAGCAUCCACAAGGUAGCGGCAGUGGAAGCAGCAACAGCAGCAGCAGCUGCAAUUUUGGUCCUACGAACGAUGCUAACGCUAAGAAUAUGAAUAAGGUGUCGUCGCGUCUUUGGUACGAAUUCUAUCGGUUCGCAAUCAAGCAGUAUCAGAGCUUGUUUCAAUCUCUCUUGCAUCAUUCAGGGUUUCCGGCUGAUGUUCGAGACCUCAUAGCGAUGCACAGCGACGGUCGGCCUGACCUGCUGAGGGAGUUUCUCUUGGAACUUGAUUCAGUGAAUGCUGAGAUGGAACUCCUCCUCGAGAUUGUGAGCAGGGAUCAUGACCUCUACAAGAGGCAUCUGGUAAGAGCUGGGUUCUGAGAGUAUGCAAACAGUCUAGGGAAUUUGAAACUGGAGUUUCGGGAAGCGUGUGACCUUGUGCGAGAAGCGUUGCGCGAUGGGGGAUUGAGCGGCGAAACGCUGGAAAUAGACGCUUUCGCUCGUUUGUAUCAAGCUAUUUAUGCAGAGGUGGAACCGGAACACGAUCAGACGCUUUAAUUGAGUCUUACUUUUUGUCUGUCGCUCUUCAUCGUGGUUUAGUUUGAGGAAAGUGACGUAUCGUCGAGAACAAGGAGGGCGUCAGCCUUUCCCAUAUAGUUUACGAGCGACCACACUUGUUUUUGCGGAUCAAAUCAAUGUGAUCAAAUUAUGCACUGCCCAAGCAUAGAUGCUCUCUUCAUGUUCAUCAUCGC